UGAAGAGGUAUUCUGCUUUCAUAAUCAAUUUUUCAGUUCAUCUGUUUUACGUGUUCUCUUUUGUUUGCAAUUCUCGAAUGAAAGAUGAUGAUAUAUUGUCUUCUUUUUUGUACAAAAUUUAAACGAGUAGAGCACAUAUCUUUGAGAAUUCAUUUUCUUGAAAUAGAUGUCGCGUGGUCUUGCAAUUUUCUUUAUACUACAUCAUGGUUUAGAUGUUCAAUAUGAUCACGGAACAGACGUUGGAAGCCAUCUGAUACCAGUAGGAAGUAUGGAUAAAGAUAAAGGAUUUCUUUUAAUAUAAAAUGGAUAUUUCUGACCCAUAUUUAUGAGAUGAUAAAACAUGCGGAAAGCUAUUAUACUUACGGAACGGGCUUAUUGGGAAUGGACAUGGAAAAUUUACUAUUGAGUAGAAAAUAUUGUAAUAUCUCCAAUUAAUUUUGGCAUCAAAACUAGUUUAUCGCUUGUAUUGGACAUAUAGAUUAUUCCGUAAUGAUUCCGUAAUCAAAUUAAAAGAUUAUUUCUCUUAAUUAAUAUUCUAACCUUUGUUUGACUAUCAUUAGCUGGUCAAGGGAGAUUAGGAUUUGCAUUAGUCCCUAAUUAAUGUUUGAUGAGUCAAUUCUUAUCGAUCUUUCAUAUUCCAAUCGGGCUUUGGAAUUGGAUUUGGCUUCCAAAUCCCUACCCGUAAUUUAUCUUAAAUCGCAAUUCCAAUGUUAAUACACGCACCUCAGUACUCGCAUCGAACCGUUGAUUCCCUCUAGCAGACGGUCGAGAUGAGUGGUGAAGCACAGGUCCCACGACCGCGGUCCGAUCGCCGAUCGCCGAUCUCACGCUUCCCGCCGUCGGUUACCAUACAUCGCCUCGCUCUCUCUCAUCGCCGCACCUUUUGCCUCUUUUUUCCCUCCUAUUUCUGUUCUUGGGCGACUCUUCGGCUCUUCCUGUGGCGGCCAAGUAGUUUGGUGGGGUUUGAAGCUGUGAUUGAGCUCAUGCCAAGCAGUAGGAUGGUGACGAACUUUGGGAGGUUCCUCGAGCGCAAAGAAAGCGACGCCGGAGAAGAGGUGCUUGGAAAAGUAGGGUUCAACUGCCCCAUCUUUCUCACCUUGAUCCACCACAGCUUUAGCUGGGUAUCAAUGAUCAUCUCCGAGGCCUUCUCCCUCUUGCCAACCUCACUUCGUCCCAAGUCAAACCCAAUCUGUUCCCUGCUGGCUCUUGGCAUUGUGAUGUCCCUUUCUGAUGGCCUUGCUAAUGUCGGCUCCAAAUAUAACAGCAUGGGUUUCUAUCAGAUGGAUGAGAUUGCUGUGUCACCGACAAUUGUUCUAGCUUAAUCGAUGCCGUUCAUCCAGACAUGGGCAAACUUCCCACGUUGUUCUUGGACAAUCUAAAACAUGCGUUAUCCAUGUUUGAGGAUUCCUUCUUUUCAAUUCUAAUCCAGGCAUCACUAGCACCAAUGGAGCUAUCACAGCUCUCGGAGGGAUGUGAUUGUAUACAAACACCUCAACCUGUUAGGUUCUCAUCAACAAGAACCCAAGUCGGCAACAUGGCAAUUGGCAUAUCUUGGGCAAAAUAUGGUCUUAAUAAGGGGAAGUGUUUUGACUAACAUGGUGGAGAUAAUGCCGCCACUGAAGCAGUCUAAGAAGUCCAAACGUAUUCUGCGCACUGGGUGAGCUCUCACGAAAACAAGCAAGCUUACUGAAAGAGUAAGUCAUACUAUUAGGGAAUAACAACUUUUUGAGUUUUGUAAAGUUUCUCGAGUUACUACUUGCGGAGGUACUACUAACACAAUAGCAGAUGUAGAUUCUCUUGUCAUAUAUCAAAUUGGAUUUUCCUUUAGAAGUUGAACAUAUCUGCUUUAGCAGAUGGUUUCUAUGUUUCUCCCCAUCUGUGAAUUUUCAUUCUUGCAUAUUCUUCUUGAGGGAAUAGGAAUCCUGCAAAUAACAUAACAAUUUGUGAUAUAUAUAACUUCUCAUUCACACAUGAAAAUAGUUAAUUUGAAUGCUUUCGACCUCUGCUCCUAUGAUAUGGUCCACUGAAUGCAAUAAUUUUGACAGUUUUCUUCUCGAUUGUACUUAGCAGAACUGCAGUGCAGAUAACAACAGUAUGACUCCUUCAACUCAUGUCUAUUGCUUGUUAUUUUGUCUUCAACUGACCUUUUACUCAUCAACAUUUAGUCUUUUGCUGAUUGCAACCAUGUGUGUUUGUUGAUGGCUCACCUUUUUCGUGUCGCUCAAUUAUGAAUCGUAGCCGGUGAACCUCUUUUUCAAGUUGCAUCUGCUCCAGAAUUCUAAUCUUCCUUUUGUGUUGGGUUAUCCGAAUGAAGAAUCCAAACAAGUUUCUAAUGGUUUCCUCUGGUUGCUAUGAGCACAAGGCAUUUUUGUCAGGUAGGUAUCCUUCUUGAGGAUCUACAAAAUAUUUUCUCUAUCAUUUCACUUGCUAUUACUUAAUUGUUUUACAGCAUUGAGUCCUACUAAUCUGAUACUGUGUUUAGCAUCUGCCAUUGCUAUCAUUUCAACUUGAAAUAAUUUAGAGCUUACCAUAAGUCAUCUCUUACCAACUG